GGACUUAAGUUAUGUCUUUAUUUCUUCCACCCGCUCCUCUCCCCUACUCCUAUUCCGCCAUUUACGGUCCAGUGCCUCCGCAAAUUCGUCCCUUUGACUUCGGCGACGAGGCUUCCAACUCAGGCGAAACCAUGGGCAUUCAGUGCACGGUGAUCAAGGGGGAUCUGCCCAUCAAUAUUACGUGGGUUCUAAACAAUCACACCCUGAACAGUGGUGACCUAGACGUGGUGAUCGGUCGAAUGUCCAGCAAGUCGAGCACCCUGAAUAUCGACUACAUAGCCGCCGAGCACCGUGGCGUCUACACCUGUUUGGCUCGCAAUCAGGCGGGCGAGAGCAGCUACAGUGCGGAGUUGAAAGUCAACGGUUACUACCCAUCGAUUCUUACUUAGAAGAUACAUUAUAUUUUGGUUUAGUUUUCGAAUGAUUUUAAACGAUAUCCCCCAACCAUCCCAGUCCUGCCCAGCAUCCAUCCGUUUAGCUUUGAUGCGGAGGCCAACGAGGGCGACAGCGUUCAGUUGACCUGCCACGUGGCCAAGGGCGAUCUGCCGCUGAGGAUCCGCUGGACCCACAAUGGUCUGCCCCUCUUCACGCACCUGGGCGUGAUGGCCAGCAAGAUUGGGGAACGGAUUAGCCUGCUCACGGUGGAAUCGGUCAAGGCCGCCAAUUCAGGAAACUAUAGCUGCGUGGCGAGCAACAAUGCGGGGAACGUGAGCUCAAGCGCCGAGCUGCUCGUCAAUGGUUACCCAUUAGCUAUCGUAGUCUUACAUUAUUGUUCUGUUGAUUGCGAUCAUUUUAAACCCAUCACCGUCCCAAUCACU